UAAUCUAUAAUUUUUCAGAUAAGAGAUGUUGCAAAUUUGGAUGCUCUAAUGAAGCUACCAGUAAUAGAUCUUGUUUUAGAUGGGAACCCGUUAUGUAAUAAGUUCAGAGAUAAAGAUACUUAUAUAAGUGAAGUCCGUAAAAGGUUUCCCAAAUGUAUAAAAUUGGAUGGAAUUGACCUGCCUCCACCGAUAAGUUUUGACAUCUCAGAAGAAACGCAUCUACCUGAUGGGCAACAAACUUUCCUCUGCAACUCUGAAGGGGAAGUAAUUGUGCGACAGUUUUUGGAGCAAUAUUUUCAAAUCUAUGAUACUGAAAAUAGGCAACCGCUUUUACAAGCAUAUCAUGAACAUGCUGUAUUUUCAUUAACAAUGGCAUACCCCUAUGGAUAUGGAAAAGAAAAGAAUGUAUCUUGGCUGAACUGGUACAAUACAGACAAUAGAAAUAUAUUAAAACUCACUGAUGGGGACAGAAGAUUUAAAUUGUUGAGACAGGGACAUCUUUCAGUAGUAUCUUAUUUGCAAGAAAUGCCGCAGACAAAGCAUGACAUUCAUAGUUUUACUGUUGAUUUGACAAUUUUUACACCACACAUGAUUUCCUUAACCAUAUCUGGCAUGUAUAAAGAACUGAAAAGUGGACAUAAAAUACCGCCAACCAGAUUUUUCUUCAGAACUCUGGUUAUAGUACCUGCAGGAACAGGAUUUUGUAUCGCCAAUGAUCUACUUCAUGUUAGUAAUGCCACUCCAGAUCAAGCAAAGGUAAAUAUCUAAUGAACAUUUGUUUUA